GCACGGUGGGGUGAGAGGGAGCCAGCGCUGCUGGUUCUGGGUCCUUCUUGCCUCUGUAUCUGGUGGGUCUAAAUAGUGAGAAAACAGAGGCAGAGAAAGGAAGCUGGAUACUAAGUUCUGCCUGGACUCUCCCUCUCUCACAAUUAUUGGUAAUAUCCUGCAAUGACUACAGAGAUAAAUAUGAAAGAAAUCCUUCUAGAUAUACUGGACAAUCUCUCAGGGGAAAAGGAAGGCGAUCUUGAAAGAUUUAAAUUCAGCUUAGCAAAUGCUAGCUAUGGAGAAAAAGCACCGAUCCCCAAAGGUCGGCUGCAGAAAGCUGACACUCGGAUCAAACUUGUAGACCUCUUGUGUGAAUACUACAAGGAACAUGGUGCAGUGAAUGUAGCUAUAUUGGUCCUUGAAAGGAUCAAUCUCAGAGAUUCUGCUGAUAAACUCAAGGAGGCAACAAAGAAAGCUUUGGGCCCUCAGCAAACACCUGACAGAUCAGCAAAUGCUUACAGAGUGAAGUACAGAGAACAUAUAAAAAACAAAUACAGCACAAUAAAAGACAUGAAUGCUCGUCUUGGUGAGAAUGUGAAGCUAAACAGCAGGUACACAAAGCUGAUCAUUGUAAAUGAACAUCGUCACAAAAAGCAGAGAGAACAUGAAAUAAUGGCCCUGGGACGGAGACAUGCAGAAAUCCUGACUAAGCACGCUAGUCCUAUCACCAUAGGCGAUUUAUUUGAAUCUGAUAGAGAUGGACAAUUACCACAAAUCGUCGUGCUGCAGGGAGCUGCAGGGAUUGGAAAAACACUGACAGCAAAAAAGAUCAUGUUGGACUGGGCAAAUGAAGAACUGUAUCAGAGCAGGUUUGAUUAUGUUUUCUACAUAAAUUGUAGGAAAAUUAACUUUGUCAGAGAGCAGAGAAGUGUUGAAGAUUUAAUUUUAGAAAAUUGUCCUGAUCAAAAUGCACCAACUAAAGAGAUUCUGAUGAAUCCAGAAAAACUCCUGUUCAUAAUUGAUGGUUUUGAUGAACUGAGAUUUUCCUUUAAUCAACCAACAAGUAAUCAGUGCUCUGAUCCCUGUGAGAGGCAGCCAGUGGAAAUCAUACUGAGCAGUUUAUUUAGGAAAGAAGUGCUUCUCAAAUCUUACUUAAUAAUUACUACAAGACCAAUUGCCCUGGAGAAACUUGAGCAGUGUUUGAAAGAUGAACGUUAUGCAGAGAUCCUGGGAUUUUCUGAAAAUGAGAGAGAAGAAUAUUUCUACAAGUUCUUUGAGAAUGAAGAACAAGCAAGAAAAGCCUUUAACUUUGUAGAAGACAAUGAAAUGCUCUUCACCAUGUGCUUUGUUCCCCUUGUGUGUUGGAUCAUCUGCACAGUUCUGAAACAACAGAUGGAAGCAGGUGAAGAUCUUGCACAAACUUCCAGUACAAUCACUGGAGUGUACAUGAACUAUCUCUUCAGCUUAUUAAAGGGUCACAGCAGCAAUUCAGAGAAACAGGUACAAGGUAACUUAAAUGGACUUUGCUCCUUGGCUGCAGAUGGAAUCUGGAGGAAGAAUAUACUGUUUGAGGAAGAAGAUGUCAAGAAACACGGCUUAGAUAAACCUGAUUCCCUCUUUCUGAAUGAGAACAUGUUUCAAAAAGGCAUUGACUGUGAGUUUGUUUACAGCUUCAUUCACUUGAGUUUUCAAGAGUUUUUUGCAGCUUUGUUUUAUGUGUUGGAGAAAGAAGAAACAGUGGAAAAUUCAGAAACUGCUAUACAAGCUCUGGAAAAAUUGUUCGAAGAGUGUGGAAAAUCUAGGAAUUAUUUAAUGUUGACAAUGCGAUUCCUGUUUGGUCUCUUAAAUAAAAAGAGAAUGGAGGAGAUGGAGAAAAAACUUAGCUGCAAAAUUUCACCCAAAAUUAAAAAUCAUUUACUAACAUGGGUUAAAGAAAAACUCUCUUUGUCAUUGCUCAACUAUGAUGAGUUGUCUUCUUUGGAGAUGACGAUUUUCUAUUUUGAGUAUUUUCACUGUUUCUACGAAAUUCAAGAAACAGAAUUUGUGCAGAGUGCAAUGGAUCAUUUCACUGAGCUAAAAUUAAAUGGUCGUACCUUUACCAAAAUGGAUCAAAUUGUUCUUCAAUUCUGUAUAAAGAAUUGUUGUAAAUUGGAGUCAGUUUAUCUAGAUACGUGUCUGUCUCUAACUGAAGACCUGAAUGAAGAUUCCCCAGGACCAAGCAAGCGGCCACGUUGGGCAGAACAUCAGCAAGAGCUGUAUCCUUCACCUAUUUACUCGCUCUGUGAAGCACUGGAGGAUCCAAACUGUAAAAUAAAGAAACUAAGCUUGAAGUCGUGUGAAAUCACAGACGCUGCCUGUGAGAAUCUUGCCACCGUUCUCAGAACCAACCAGAGCUUGACAGAGCUGGAAGUGAGGUUUGGAGAUUUGGACGAUACCAUAGUGCAACUGCUGUGCAAGGGGCUGACACACCCGAACUGCAAACUUCAGAGACUGAGCUUGACUUUUGGUGAUCUCACAGACGCUUGCUGUGGGGAUCUUGCUGCUUUUCUCAGAACCACCCAGAACCUGACAGAGCUGGAACUGGGUCAACGUAAACUGGGAGAUGCCGGUGUGAAGCUGCUAUGUGAGGGACUGAAACAAAACCGCACAUUACAGAGUCUGAAGUUGUGGCUGUCCUCUAGGGAUGGGUGCAGUAUCACAGCUACUGGCUGUGGGGAUCUCGCCGCUUUUCUCAAAACCAGCCAGAGCCUGACAGAGCUGGACCUGAAUUGUAAUAAAUCUCUGGGAGAUGCUGGAGUGCGGCUGCUGUGUGAGGGGCUGACACACCCAAACUGCAAAUUAGAGACUCUGGUGCUGACGGGUUGUGGUCUCACGGCUGCAUGUUGUGAGGAUCUCUCCUCGGUUCUCAUCACCAGCCAGACCCUGACAUUCCUAAAUCUAGGGCUGAACAGUCUGGAGGAUUCAGGAGUGCAGCUGCUGUGUGAGGGGCUGAAACAUCCAAACUGCAAACUACAGACACUAAA